CGCUUUUCUCCUUUCUGAAUGUAUGGAUGUUUCAAAGCAAAUAUUAAAAAGUGUAAAGAUAAUUUUCUUUAUAUUAAUUAUAUUUACCUUCUCGAAAAAAAAUCAAAUUAUAGACCUAAGAAAGAUUCAGCAUCUCAGGACUUUUACCAGGGACAAAAGAAUGGCAUCUUACUUGUUUUAAUAUUUAUUUUUACACUCAAAACUUAAUUCAGUAAAAUCAUAUUGGAACUUUCAGUUGAUAAACACGGAGCUUUCAAUUCAGGCUGUGUGUGAAAACUAAAAGGAUACUGAAACACAGCAAGUUCUAAAUUUGAAAAGAAAUGACAAAAUAAUGUGCAAAAGCAAAUAAGGACACUUGGUGGCGCUGCAGGCUUAAGAGUGUCAAGAAUGAGCUCUGCAGACGCCCAGGAAGCCAUCUCAUUAAGUCGAGAAGCAGAACGAUGGCAGCUGCUUGAAGAAGAAGGUAAUAACUUAGGGUUUAUAGAAGAAUCUAGGAAGAAGGCAUCUUCCUAGUCGGAUUUACUCCAAUAUCUUCGCGGACACUCAAGAGUGGACUGUAACCAACCAGAAGAGGCGGCACCCUCUGGACUGAAUCUGCACAAUGGAGACAGCGCUAGCAAAAAUGCCAGGGCAAAGGCAAGUCUUUUUCCUUACUAUAUUGUUGCUGUUGUGGAAGUCUGGCUCUGAGGCAAUUAGAUAUUCCAUGCCAGAAGAAACGGAGAGUAGCUAUUUGGUGGCAAAUGUGGCAAAAGAUCUGGGGCUCAGGGUUGGAGAACUGGCCAGUAGAGGAGCUCAAAUCCAUUACAAAGGAAACAAAGAGCUCUUGCAGCUGGAUGCAGAGACUGGGAAUUUGUCCUUAAAGGAAAAACUAGACCGGGAGGCACUGUGUGGGGCAACAGAACCCUGUGUGCUGCACUUCCAGAUCAUACUGGAAAACCCUGUGCAGUUCUUCCAAACUGAACUGAAACUCACUGAUAUAAAUGACCACUCUCCGGAGUUCCCUGACAGGGAAAUGCUUCUGAAAAUCCCUGAGAACGCCCAGCCAGGGACAGUGUUUCCUCUGAAGGCAGCUCUGGACCCUGACAUUGGGAGCAACACUGUUCAGAACUACACAGUCAGUCCCAACCUCCAUUUCCACGUCAUUACUCGCAGUCGCACAGAUGGCAGAAAAUACCCAGAGCUGGUGCUGGACAGAGCCCUGGACAGGGAGGAGCAGUCUGAGCUCACUCUAAUCCUCACUGCUCUGGAUGGGGGUGCUCCGCCCCGGUCAGGAACCACCACAGUUCACAUUGAAGUUGUGGACAUCAAUGAUAACGUCCCCCAGUUUAUGCAGUCACUUUAUGAGGUGCAGAUUCUAGAAAAUAGCCCCAUUGGUGCCUUAGUUGUUACAGUCUCUGCCAGGGAUUUAGAUUCCAGGAUAUAUGGUGAUGUAGCCUACUCUCUGUUUCAAGGCGAUGGAGUAUCUCAACCAUUUGUAAUAGACAAAGUCACGGGAGAAAUCCGUCUUAGCAAAGAGCUGGAUUUUGAGGAAAUUAGCCGUUAUAACAUAGAAAUCGCAGCCACUGAUGGGGGAGACCUUUCAGGAAAAUGCACUGUGGUUAUACAGGUGUUGGACGUGAAUGACAACGCCCCAGAGUUGACGAUCAGGAAGCUCACAGUCCCUGUCCCAGAAAAUUCCGCCGAGACUGUAGUUGCUGUUUUUAGUGUUUUUGAUUCUGAUUCAGGGGACAACGGAAGGUUGGUGAGUUCUAUCCAGAACAAUAUCCCAUUUCUCCUGAAGGCCACGUUUGAGAAUUAUUACACUUUAGUGACCGAGGGGCCACUGGACAGAGAGAGAAGAGCUGAGUACAACAUCACCAUCACUGUCUCGGAUCUGGGCACACCCAGGCUCACAACCCAGCACACCAUAACAGUGCAGGUGUCUGACAUCAAUGAUAACGCCCCUGCCUUCGCCCAAACCUCCUAUACCCUGUUUGUGCAAGAGAACAACAGCCCUGCCCUACACAUAGGCACCAUCAGUGCCACAGACUCAGACUCAGGCUCCAAUGCCCACAUCACCUACUCGCUGCAGCUGCCCCAAGACCCACAGCUAGCCCUCGCCUCGCUAAUCUCCAUUAACCCCGACAACGGGCAGCUGUUCGUGCUCAGGGCACUGGACUAUGAGUCCCUGCAGGGCUUUGACUUUCGCGUGGGUGCCACAGACCGAGGCUCUCCGGCACUCAGCAGCCAUGCUCUGGUGCGCGUGGUGGUGCUGGAUGGCAAUGACAAUGCACCCUUUGUGCUCUACCCACUGCAGAACACCUCUGCACCUUGCACAGAGCUGCUGCCCAGGGAGGCGGAGUCUGGCUACCUGGUCACCAAGGUGGUGGCUGUGGAUCACGACUCUGGCCAGAAUGCUUGGCUGUCGUUCCAGUUGCUCAAGGCCACGGAGCCCGGGCUGUUCAGCGUGUGGGCGCACAAUGGCGAGGUUCGCACUACCAGGCUACUGAGCGAGCGUGAUGUGCCCAAGCACAGGCUACUGCUGCUGGUCAAGGACAAUGGCGAGCCUCAGCUCUCUGCCAGUGUCACACUUCAAGUGCUACUGGUGAAUAGUUUUUCUCAGCCCUACCUUCCUCUGCCUGAGGUGGCACAGGACCCCAUUCACGGGGAUGAAGAGAUGCUCACACUGUACCUGGUCAUUGCCUUGGCUUCUGUGUCUUCGCUCUUUCUCUUGUCUGUCCUUAUAUUUGUGGGAAUGAGGUUGUGUAAGAGGGCCAGGGAGGCUUCUCUGGGUGUUUGCUCUGUGCCUGAGGGUCACUUUCCUGGCCACCUAAUGGAUGUCAGCGGUAUGGGGACUCUGUCUCAGAGCUACCAGUAUGAUGUGUGUCUAUCAGAAGAUUCUAGGACUGGUGAGUUCAAAUUCCUCAACCCCAUGAUUCCCAAUGUAAUUAUUCAGGACACUGGAAGAGAAGUGAAGGGAAAUCCCCCCUGCAGGGAUAGCUUUGUAUUCAGCUAACUGUUGUAUUUGUUUCAGUGAAUUUGUUUUUGGCAAAGCUAUUGCAAUAAGGUUCUUCUAGGAAAGUGAAUCAUUUUCUAAGUACUGACACUGUAAUCAAAGUUUCUAGGGCUAGGGUGUUUGCAUCCUUUUCACUUUAUGUUAUGCUAUUGAUAUUAAAUGUAAGAACUCUUAUAUGCUAACUAUACAUUCUAUUACUGAGCUUCUCUCACAGGUGAAGUCCCUUUACUCUGAGUAUCUAUGAACAUAUUUGUCUUCUGAACUAUAAGCCAUCAUUGUAUUAAGAUAUUUGAGUUGUGAACAUUUAUUAUUAUAAGAACCAUAUAUGUUAUAGGUUAUCUGCAUUAUUUUGCUCACCACAUAUCUAGCACAUUGGUUUAUGAAUUGUAUUAAAAUUUUUUUUUGGAGUAUGAAAACAGGUGCUUUUAAUAGUUAUUUCAGGAUAACAGGCAAACCCCAAGGAUUAUAUGGAAUAUGCGAUCAGUCUAAGCAGAGAUAACACAUCCCUGGAUAUAUAAUUACAGUAUCAAAUUGGUACAAUGACAUGAGAUAUGUGUAUGUAGAAUCACUUUUCCUAUACAAUCUCAUUCAACAGGUGUAUUAAAAUUUUAAAGUCUCGUUUGUAAACAUUAAAGAGGAAACAUCAUUUUUCAUCCCUGUCACUAAAUAAAGGUGUUAAGACUCUUAGAAUAUAAUCAGUAGAAGACCAUGCAUAUCUGACAGGCAUUUCCCACUAACAAAAAGGUACAAGCAAACCAGCCUAGUCAAACCCUAUUAAGUAAUUGCUUGACACAAUCUUGUUUUAAAAACUAAUCUGAAUAACGUAAGUAAGUUCCUCCAAAGAAUCAAGACUUCAAUUGUCUCAUAUUGUUGAACAAUCACUUUUUGUUCAUCCUUUUAUUUUAGAAAUAAAAGUGUAAAUGUAAACUUUGUGGGUCUUGUGUUAAUCUCAGUUGUCAACUUGAGAUCUAGAACUUCUGGGCACACUUAUGAAGCAUCAUCUUGCUUAGUUAACUUAGGCGGGAAGUCCAGCCAUGGAAGACCAUUAUGGGUAGCACCAUUCCCUGUGCUGGGAUCCUUGAUCUUAUAAAGUGUUACUAUGAACACAAGUGCUCAUUGCUUUCUUCUUCUUGCCUAGAGAUGCAGUGUUACCAGUUGCUUCAAGCUCCUGUAUUGCACCCUACCUAUCAUGAUGUAAUUUUGAACUGAGAGCCAAAACAGAUCUUUCCAAAAUUUGCUUUUGUUGUGAUAUUUUAUCCUUGAAGUAGGAAAAAUAAGUGAGUCAACUGCAUGGUUGCAUGGCACUGGAUAACAUACCCAGGAACUGUACAUUCUAAGCAUGCUACUCAGUGUGGCCCUGUAGCCCUCUGGUUUACAUCAAUACACAUGUUUCCUUUGGUUUCCCUGCAGUUUCUCUUCACCUUUCAAAAGACCCAAGGAAUUUCUGGAAACUUCAAUACUCUAUUUGAUUCUUCUUAUUAGUUCUCAAAAUUUUCACUUUAUAUUGUUU